UUCUUUGAUUAGUCCCAAAAGACGAAACAUUUACGAAUAGUCAGUGGUAGAAGACACAGCUUAAUUCUCGAAUUAAAUUCGAAAUAAAAACGAAACAAUGAAAUACUUGAUAGUAUUGGCACUCUGCCUCGGUGCUGUUGUGGCAGAGGAUCUACACGAGAGAAGCAGGCAUGAUUUUCACAGUCUACAUUUUAGUCAACACCAUCAGACCAUUGAAGAGGCUAAACGUAAGGUUGCCGAUGUUCUUGAUGGGCAAGCCUCGUUCGAAGAAGUUGGAACUUAUGGCGAUGUCGCUGGUGUAGGCGGUGUUGGUACAGUUGGUUUGUCGUCUGGAUCAUCGGGUUAUGGCUCAUCGGGCUUUGGCGCAUCCGCCAACUCUGGUUUUGGUUCUUCUUCCAAUUCUGCUUUUAGUUCAACAUCUAACGCAGGUUUCGGUGCUUCCUCCAACUCUGCUUUUGGUGCCAAUUCUGGAUUUGGUGCCAACUCUGCUUAUGGAGCCAACGCUGCUUUUGGAGCCGACUCUGGUUUCGCCGCAAAUAGUGCUUAUGGCUCAAAUUCUGGUUUCGGUGCUUCGGGCAGUUCUAGCUAUGGAUCUUCCGGAAGCUCUGCUUUUGACAGCAGUUCUAAAUUUUCUGCCGGUUCGACCUUUGGUGCUAGCCAGGCGGCCAACCUAGCCGCCUCUUCUACAUCCGGUUUUGGUUCGGAAUCUUCCUUCACUAGUGGAUCAAAUACUGGAUCAUCCGUUGUGAUUCCUAUUGUUGGCGGUACUUCUGGGGGCCAUGAAUCGUAUUUGCAUGAAGAGCGUCGCUCCGAAAAUCAAGUUGCCACUCCCAUUACCUACACUGCUCCUUCGGGUGGCUCGGAAAAAUACUAUCACCAUGAGGAGCGCCGCGUAACCAGUGCUGCUACACCGAUGGUCUACCCUGUAUCCUCUGGAGGUACUGAAAAAUACGUGCAUCACUCCGAGAAGCGUGUCCAAACUUCUGCUCCAGUCAUCCAGUUUGCUCCUUCUUCCGGUGGCGAAAACUACAUUCACCAUGAAGAGCGUCAUAUAGAGCAACAACCCCAAGUUUUAUAUACGGCACCCUCCAGUGGAGGUUCGGAAAAGCUUUUCCACCUCGAAGAACACCGUGUGCAACCCGAACCCAUUACAUUACAAAUUCCCUCUGGCGGCAUGGAGAAAUACGUCCACCAUGAAGAACGCCGUGUCCAGAAUCAAGCCCCAGUUAUUCAAUACACUGCUCCUUCUGGUGGUUUGGAGAAAUAUAUUCACCAUGAAGAACGCCGUGUCCAGCAGACACCAGUCCAAAUGGUUGUAGCUCCCUCCGGUGGACAAGAGUCUUACAUGAAAUACCGCAAAGUUACUUCGACUUCGUCACAGCCCCAGAUGAUCGUAUCCAGUCCCUCGUCAUCUUCAUCGUACCUUCACCAACAAUCAUCGUCAUCUGCCAACUCAGGUUCCCAAUUGGGGGCACUUGUAAGCGGUGGUCUUACCAGCUCCACAAACUCGAACUCUGGUUUUGGUUCAUUAACCAGUGGCUCCAUGAAUUCUGGAUCAUUGACCUCUGCGUCAUCUAACUCCAUGUUCAAGUCCGGUUUCGGUCAGCAAGCUUCGACUGGCUUUGGUGCAGGCAUGAAUAGCGCCGCUAUGACUGAUUCAUCGGCUUUCGGCUCUCAGUCAAAAUUCGGCUCUUCAUUUGGCUCGGAAUCCAAUUUCAAUUCCAAAUUCGGAUCUCAAUUUGGCAGCUCCUUUGGAGGUUCGUCAACCGCAUCUUCCUCUGGAUUGAGCAGCUAUAUGGCAGAAGCUGAACGUCUAGCUAAAAUGCAAGUGCAAGGAAUGAAUGUCGGUGGCACACGCACUGGUGGUAGCCAAUUCAACUCAAAUUUUGAGAGUGGUAUGAUGGGAGGUAGUAUUGGUGGUUUUGGUGGCACUGCUGCUCUUGGCACAGGUGGCACUGCUGGUUUUGGUACUACAGCUGGUGCAGGUGGUUUCGGCAGCACUGCUGGUCUAAACGCUGGUGCAGGAGGUUUCGGUAGCGCUGCUGCUCUCAAUGUAGGUGCUGGCGGUGCUGGCAGUGGUUACAAAACCAAAUCCUGGGAAAAGGCAUCCAAGUGGUCAAGUCAAUCUGAGUUCGGCUCUGACGGUCAAGUAAAGAACUACAAAGAAAUGUCCACUGGCGAAAGCGAGAACUACGACAUCAACGGCCGCCGUGUAGGAUAUAAGGCUGCCACUACCACCCUUGAUGAUAAUGGCAAAUUGAGCAGCUACAGUCUCCACACAUAAGAGGUCAACAUUCUUACAUGUGUUGAUCUAAUUCGAUUUCAAUUCCGAAAUUUGAUAAGACUAUCAUUAUUAAUAAUAACAAAUAACGAAAAUAACAA